AAAGGUCGAGAGUUCCGAUACUUUUCCCCCUUCCUUCGUCUCCCCCACAGUAGAGCAGCAUGGGCAACAAGGGAUCCAAGGGCGCCAAGAGCAUGCGCCCGCCCAUUAAGAGCGACUCGCGCGGCUUCAAGUUCGCCAACUACGCCAACGGCGGCCGCGACGCCGGCAAGAGCGCGCCCGCCGCGCCCUCGUACCCGUCGGACGGCCCCCCGCCGGCCCCCGGCCACGCGCAGGCCCCGCCGUCGCAGCAGCAGCAGCAGUCAUCACAGAAUGAGGAAGAGUCCGACCUCGAGGACGACGACUCGGGCCCGAUCGAGCAGAUCGCGAUCGAGGACAUGGACGGCCCCGCUCGCCCGCAGACCAAGGUGAACGUGGAGGACUUCGACCUGCUCAAGGUGCUGGGCAAGGGCAGCUUCGGCAAGGUCAUGAUGGUGCGCAAGAAGGACACCAAGAUGAUCUACGCCAUGAAGACGCUGCGCAAGGCCGCGCUGGUCAAGCGCAACCAGCUGCUGCACACCAAGACGGAGCGCAGCAUCCUGCAGAGCAUCAAGCACCCGUACCUCACGAGCCUGACGUACGCCUUCCAGACGCCCGACAAGCUCUACCUCGUCAUGGACUACUGCGGCGGUGGCGAGCUCUUCUUCUGGCUCAAGAAGGACCGCCGCUUCUCGCAGCAGAAGGCGCGUCUGUUUGCCGCCGAGAUCAUCCUCGCGCUCCAGGAGCUGCACAAGCACGACAUCAUCUACCGUGACUUGAAGCCCGAGAACAUCCUGCUGGACCUGGAGGGCCACAUCCGUCUGACCGACUUCGGUCUCUCCAAGGAGGCCGUCACGGGCGCUGGCGCCGUCGGCGGCACCAAGACGUUCUGCGGUACGCCCGAGUACCUGGCUCCCGAGAUUCUGGAGAACAAGGGCCACGGCAAGGCUGUGGACUGGUGGAGCCUCGGUACGCUUAUCUACGAGAUGCUCACGGGCCUUCCGCCCUUCUACGACCAGAACAUGCAGCGCAUGUACGACAAGAUCCUGAACGCGCCGCUGCGCUUCCCUUCGUUCAUGUCGGCCGAGGCCAAGGACCUGCUCACUGGCCUGCUGACGCGUAAGGUGUCGGACCGUCUUGGAAGCGGCCCCACCGACGCUGAGGAGAUCAAGUCGCACCCGUUCUUCAAGGGCAUUGACUGGGAAGCCGUGCUGCGCAAGGAGGUGCAGCCCGAAUUCAAGCCGCCUAACCGGUUGGGCUCCAUGGACACGAGCAACUUCGACGUCGAGUUCACUGCUGAGAAGCCCGUGGACUCGGUCGUGACCACGACGAUGAGCGAGACGCAGCGUAACAAGGCGCAGUUCCCUGGCUUCACGUACAACGCGGAUACUAUGGAUGAAGACCACAAGGGCAACUAA